AUGCUGCACGGCGUGCGGCGGUAUUGUUUUGAGGCGCUGCACCAACACGCACGAGGACGUGGCACGGAGUGUCAGAUCUCUUUUUGUGUCUGCUGCUGUGGGUGUGGGCGCGGCCGCGUCGGACUUGUCGGCACGAUGGCCGCAGCGUGUGGCUUUCACUUUGUUCUCUCAGGAAAUAUUCAGCGACGCUUUCACUUGUGCAUUUUUUUGGGGACAAUGUGCUGGCGGCUGUGCGAUUGCCGAAUGGAGGGAGAGGAGCGGAGGGAAGUACGUGAGCGCCGCGGUCAGGAGUCGCGCUGGGUGUCUCGCCGCGGAGGGCACUGCCCACCCAACCCAGCACCGCUCCUGUCGGGCACCCUCUCACUGUGCAGCAUCGUAGUCGACGCCAGCAGCACGCAGCAAGGCAGCGGAUGCCGCCACCACCACGAGUGCGACCUGAAGGGACACGCCUGA